UUUAUUGUCAUUUGAGCAGUGAGAUUUGACAGAUGAGUUCAUCAAGCACUUCCAUUGAUAUUGAACAUCUUUGCCAAGAGCUUUUGAAAGAAGUUCCACAUAGCAUGCAAACUACCUUGCGGGAACAGAUGUGUAUCUACCAUGUUCCGGUACACAUUCGUCAAGUAAAUGAAGAUGCCUAUACCCCUCAGGUAAUUUGUAUAGGCCCAAUUCACCAAAAAAAUGAAAAUCAGGUUAUGAAAGACCUGAAGCGAAGAUAUUUCAAACAAUUCCUUAACAGACUGCCUAAUGUAAAAGGGGAACAGUUUCAGAAGGAGCUUCUGAGCACCAUUAAAGAUUGUGAAGUUGAAAUCCGCAAUUGUUAUGAAGAUGAUUCAUUUGAGCUUUGCAAGGAUCCAAAAGAGUUUUUGAAGAUGAUUCAAUGGGAUGUUGUAUUCAUCUUAGAGCUCUUCUUGAAGACGAAAGAAUUUAAGGAAGAUAACGAAGACAUGUCUCAAGACAGAUACAAGAAUGAUUGUAUAAUAGGUAAACCCUGGCUGAGAGCUGCUGUGCAACGGGACCUGAUAUUGCUCGAAAACCAGCUGCCGUUCUGGAUUCUUGAUAAAUUAUAUAAAAUUGCCACCAAAUACAUUAAACCCGAUUGCUCUAGUUUCCUGAAACUUACCUCCGACUACUUUGAGGAAUACAACAAGAAAAAAAUCAAUCCUACCUACAUAAUACAUUUCACUUGUUUGGUAAGAUUUUUCUUGUCCUCCGGAUUCCCAUCAUCGGCAAAAUUUAAGGACACAAUCACCUAUUGUGAUACAGCAACUAGGCUGGGAGAAGCAGGGAUGAAGUUCAAGCCAAUGCCAAAUGAAUGCUUACUUGACAUAAGAGCAUGGAGUGAUCACCCGGGAGGUAAUUCUAUCAAGAAAGGUGAGUUACAUGUUCCAACCCUUGAGAUUGACGAUCAUACUGAAUGUGUCUUACGAAACCUUAUGGCGCUGGAGCAAUGUCAUUUUCCCAUGGAGGCGUACAUCUGCCAGUAUGUUAAAUUCUUGGAUUUGCUUGUGGAUACUGCCAAAGAUGCAGACUUGCUCAUUAAAAGUGAAGUUAUUAUUAAUAGGCUUGGAGAAAGUGCUGCUGUGGCCGGUAUGAUUAACCAACUUUGCAAGGGAAUCGUAGAAGUUUCUUCAUGUUAUAACAGUAUCGCUAAAAAGUUAAACGAUUACUCUGAUAGCUGGUGUAACAAGAGUAAGGCCUUCGUCAGAAGAAAGUAUUUCAGUAAUGUUUGGAUAGGCACCGGAACUGUUGUUGGAUUGUUCGUGCUGUUCAUCACUUUGCAAAACUUUGUUCGAUCUUUUCUUUAGUACUCAAGGUUCGAAUGCUUCA